CCCGGACUACGUCGGGACUAACAACAGAGUAUGCGUACCAUCGCAAAGACAUUGCUUACUUGAACGUGAAGACAACGUGAUGUUUCGAGUCCGUGUGCAAAAUAUGGAUCGUUCAACGUCGGGAAGAUUUUGCGGGACUCCUCAUUUUCACUCCGUCAAUCAUGAGACUCAUCGGCGAGAGUCGUGGUCAUCAAGUGGCGCCCUGAUAUACCCUUCCUGUGCAUCACCCUCUAGACUGACAUGCCCUUCGAACAUGUUGGCACUUGCCCAGGGGCAGUCUUGUGUCGAACGCUGGGCUACCGACUUGCACGAUGUCAUUCUGUCAAGGAGGCAAGGAUCAGUUCUCUAUUGGAUGACCAUCGAGGCUAGACGGCAUAAUAACUCGCCGGCGUCUCGUAGACCUUGCCGGCGCACCAUACAUGGUGUCAUGACCUUAAAAAAUGGCAGACAUGAACCACAUAUUUCACACACCUGCCAUCCAGACCUCCCUGCUGAGCGACAUGCAGGGGGGCUGCGACGCGUAGCCGAUCUUAGCAGACCGGCUUACUUGUUCGAGCGACUCGAGCUUGGCCUCGCUCGGGACGCCAUGCUUCGUGCUGUUGGAUGCCAUCAAAACAAGGGGCAGAUCCACGACCUUCCAAUUCCAGUAAGCAUUUCAGUGUUGGGUGCAUUGCUUUCAGGCGAAGAUCACUAAUGCGCUUACGAGACUUGGAUGACUUCGUGCACGGUCCAGGCUGCAUGCACGGUACGUGUCAUUUUUUGGC